AUGGGAUUUAUUGAUCGAGAUUUAAAUCGUAGAAUAUUAACUAAAGCAAAUAAUGACAUAGGUGAAGCAAUAACUAUUCUAACUACUACAAAUUAUUUUAAUGAUGACGUUCAAAUACCAGUUGAAACAACAACAUCAACGUUCAUCGGUCCACUUUCAAAAGAACAACUCGAACAACAACAACAACAACAACAACAAGCGGUUCCUUCAAAUGAGAAUACAAAUGGUUCACAUUCCGUAAUAUCUACUGAGUUAACAAUAAAUAGUUUCGAUUCAUUUACGACAAAUGCUUUUCUUGAUCUUGAAACAAAAGUUUAUGGGGAUAGUUGGUCAAUACCUUAUAAACGUGAAGAAGCUCUUGGUCAAUGUCUUUUAUCAGCAACAAAACUUGCGCUUACCGGUACUGCGGAUCAAGAUAAACAUUGUCUUAAAUUUAUGGAAAAUUUAAUCCCUGAAGCUUUUCGAAAAUUACAAUGUUCUUAUCAUGUUAAUAAUUGGGCAAUGGAAAUUCAAUUAGGUGUAUUUGAUAUGGUUGAAUUAGUAGUCGAUUUAAUCUCAGCACGUUUAGCUUAUUCACCUGUUCCUGUUAAAUUACUUGAAACAUUAACUAUAUUAUUUGAUUAUGAUUCUGUUUUUCAACGAAAACAUAAAUCAAAAACAUACGAUCGUUCCUUAUAUGACAAACAAUUAGGAGAUCGUACAUUAGCUAGUCCGCCAUCAGUAUCCGCCUUUUCUGUAUAUAAUCGAAAUGAAACAUACGGUUGGUUAUGUCAAAUAAUAAAUCGUUUCGUAUACAAAGAUGGACUUACAAAUUUAAAACAACAAUUUCAAAAUGAAAAACCAUUAACAGCUCUUGAAUAUAAUGCCUUACUUUCACCAUUUGUUAAUUGUAUGGAUUAUAUAUCCUUAGAUAAAUAUCGACAAUUAUUUGGUGAACAUAUUGAUCAAGCAUUGGAAUAUAUUAUAAAUCUAAAAGACGAAGAUUUUAAAGCUAAAUCAGCUAAUUCAAUAUUUGAAUUAUUAACAACAUUACGUAAUAUAUGUGCAGCUGCAUGGCAUAAUCGUCUUGAACAAGUCGAACAACUACAUCUUAAUUUAUUACUUAAAAUGAUUGCAUUAUCAAAUUUUAAUGCUAAAAUGAAUUCAUUAAAAGAAUUAGCAAAAAUAAUUGAAAAUUCUACAUCGAAUAUACAGAAUAUGUCUAAAACAUCUAUUCGACGUGAAGUUAUUAGUGAUUGGAUUAUUGAAAAUUCUAUACUUUCAAAAGCACUUGAAGGAAAUAUCGAUCAAAAUCAAUAUGUUGAUAAAGUUCGAACAUUAUUAGAUUUUAUUGCAACAAAAAUUUCGAAAGAAGAAAUUGAAACUAUAUGGAAAAUGCAGCAUGGUCGUUCGUUAGUUGCUGUUGAUCAUUUGUUUACAUUGAUUGCAUCAGCAGCUGCAAAAUUUAAUUUGCAACAACUUGACUAUCUAAUUGAAUUUAUCUAUGAUUCUUGGAAAAUCGAAACAAUUCUUAUUCAAGAAAAACUUAUUGAAUUACUUGGUGCAAUUGGUCGAGAAUGUCAAAAAGAAUCGGCUGCUCGUGUGUUAGAAAUUCUUUGGGAUAUGGCACAUGAAGAACAUCUUAGUCGUUCUAUGCUUGAUCAUAUUCUAUAUUGUCAUUUACGUAUAUUUAGUGAAGGUCGUUCACCAUAUGAUAUACUUAAACGUGAUUAUUGUCUUAAAUGUAUGAAUGAUUUACAACGUAAACAAGGUUGGUUAGCACCAGCUAUAAAACAUCUAUAUGAUUUAUUACGUCAUGAUUCAACAAAUACAUUUAAACGUACGGAUCAAGAUCUUAUAUCAGUAUUAGUUCAAAAUCAUGAUUUAAUCUCCGCAUUAAUUCAAAGUUUAUCAACAUGUCAAUUAGAUGUUUGGAAUAAAACUGAUGGACAUGUAACUAUCGAUACAUUAGUUGAUGGUCGUUAUACACAUGAAGAAUCAACAAGAAAUCAUUUAGAUUUAUUAUCAUUUUUAUUGAAAAAAGGAAAUCUUUUUUUAAUAUUAAAACGUAGUGAAGAAUUAUGGGAUACAUUAAUAACAAAUAAACAUGUGAAUUCAUUUGAUCAUGAACUCGGAUUAAAUUGGUUUAUAACAUGUUUAGAAGAUCUUAAUCGUGAAUCUCAAAAAGCUUUAUUUGAAGAACGUGUAUCAAAACUUGAUCCAAUUCAUUUAUCACCUAAAGGUUAUGCUUGUUUUAAAUUAUAUUUCGAAAGAUGUGAGUCAGAACGAGGAAAUUCAACAAGUAGAUUUAAUUAUAAUCCAAAUACAUCUACAUCGAUUAAUAAUGAAAUGCUAGAAUAUUAUGGUAUAAAUGAAUUAUGGAAUAUAAUCUUAUGUGUUAGCGAUGACAAUUUAGCUAAUGAAGCAACACGUUUUCUACUUGAUUUAUAUUAUUUAAAACAACCAAAUCGUACUCGUCGUUUAACAGCUACAUCACUUCAUGAAUAUUUUCUUAAAGAAGUUUAUACACGUUUAAGUUAUUUACUUAAUAAUGCUAUACCACCAUCAACAGUAUUAACUAAAGAAAUGGAACAAUUUUAUAACUCUUUAAAAGCCUAUGGUGAACAAUUAAUAACAAUACCAACACCAACAAUAACGGAGUCUCAACUAUCUAAUUCAGAUGAAAUUGAUCAUACAUUAUGGUUACAAAAAAUUGAACGUCUAUUAAUGAUAACAGAAGAAUAUAUACAUAUUGUUGAACAUGAACAUUCACCAACAGCACAUAUAACAUCAUUUUAUGGUUUAGAAUAUCAAAUAAAAAUAACUCUAGAUGAAAUAGGUAAAACAAUUUCUUCGUAUGAUAUUGUAACUGUUCAUUCAAAUGAUACACUCGAAAUGUUGCGUAUACGUCUUGGAGAAUUCUAUAAAGUUUUAUCACAUGAUAUACAUAUAUCAAUACAAAACACUCGCCCAUUACCACCAUCCUAUGAUCAUAUUGGAAUGAAUUCAAAUCCUAUAGCAUUACCAUAUUCAUCCAAUAAUCAAUCAAAUACAAAUAACAAUAAUAAUAACAAUAGUAAUAACAAUAGUGUUCUUGGUGCAUGGUUAAAUUCGAAAUAUUUAUAUCAAGUUCAUAUUGUACCUGGUACAACGGUAUAUAUAAAAAUCUUAGGUGGUACAUCAAAUCAACCAAUAAAAUCAGUUAGUACCGAACCAAAACGUAUAUAUUUAAAUGAUUCAUUAUCAUUAUCAUCACUACGUAAUAAAAAUACUAAUAUAAAUCCAAAUGAUGAUUUAGCACGUUCAAUACCAUCAAAUAUGAUGGUAGAAAAUUCGAAAAUUUAUGAUGUACUUUAUACAUUAUCUUAUUUAAAUAAUAAAAAUAUUCAUCAACGUAUAAGAAAUCUUCUUUGUUUAAUACCAUCAGAUACUCGUACACAUGAUUUUCUUGAUUAUAUAUCAAUACGUGCAGUUAAUGUAUGUACAACUGAACGACGACAAUCAACAGAAAAUUCUAAUAAUAUAAAUCCUCGACAAGCUAUUGAACAUGUAUUUGAUAUAAAUAAUUGUAGUUUUAUACAAUUACUUUAUAAUCUUGAAAUUUUAUCAAGUAAAAUUUUACCUCUAUCAACAAAUAAUGGUAUACAAGAAAGUUCAAAAUUAUUUCGACAAGAUUUUAUUGAACAAUCAGGUGUAGAUUUUUUAUUUCAAUUACUUAAUUCAUUAACUGAUUUUAUAUCAAAUGAAUAUCAAUAUACAUUAUGUCAAGAAAUGAUAAUAUAUAUUUUACAACUUAUACAAUUAUUAGUUUGUGGUAAUAAUAUUAAUCAUUCAAUUGAUAAUAUUUUAUCAUCAUCAACAACAUCUACACAAAUCUCACCAUUAUCAUCAUUAUUACAAAUGUCACAAACAGUUAAUGAUAAUAUGAAUGAAACAACAAUUGAUUUAGAUUUUCAAGGAACAGUUGAAAAUUUACAAUUUGAUACGUUUGUUGAACAAAUAAAACAAUUAAUUUUUCUAUGUUGGGCAGCUGCAGCUGGAAAUAUUAAAUUACAUGGACAAAAUUUAACUAUUAAAGAAGAAGUUAAAUUAGAUCGUUAUACAUUAUUACAACAAAUAAAUACAAAUGUUAUUAAUCGAAAUAAUAGUAAAAAUUCUUUAUCAAAUGAUUCAUCGACAGAUAAUAAUAUACAACAAACAGUACAAUUUGGUAUAUGUGUAAAAAAAGAGUCAAUUUUACCAUUAGAUAGUGAAAUAGCAGAAAAAAUCAUCGAAAUUAUUACAUUUUGCUUUGAAAAACGACCGGAAUUUAUUGCAACUUUUCUUAUUCAAUCAUUUUUUGCUGAUUAUCUUUUGGAAAUUUUAAUUGGUACAACAUCUCGUCAAGUUCGUCAAUGUGCAUUACAUAAUAUCAAUCGUUUAUGUAAAAUUGAAACAUCAACAUAUGAUAUACGUUCAAUAAUACAUCAAAUAUUAUUAAAAGCUCGAUUACCUUUAUGGUCAUCGUCAAGUAGUGGUAUACGUAAUUCAAAUCAAAAAAUUCUCACACAAUCAAUUGAAUAUUUUGAUUUACGUUGUCAAUUAACAGAAAAUUUAACUAUUGAAAAACAAGAAAUACUUAAUAUUAACGCAAAACAAUUAUUGAAAGAUGAAUUCACAUGGUUAUCAACAUAUACUGUAUCAUUAACAUCAAAUGAAUUACGUAUAAUCGAUAAUAUUUUAUUUUUGGGACAUUUAAAAUUUAUUCGAACAUUAUUAACAUGUGAAAAUAUAGACAAAAAUGAAUUUGGACAAGAUUUUAUACGUUUACUUAUUGAUCAAUUUUUAUUUCCAGCAUCUAAACGUAUGUCAUUAUCAAUAGUACCAUCAAAUAAUGAAAAUGAUACACAUGAUGAUUAUGCUUGUGAACCAAAAUGUUCAACAAGUGAAAGUCGACUUGCAGCGUAUGAUGUACUUGUUGAAUUAGUUCGUCAUUGUCAACAAAAUUUAAAACUUGUUAUUGAAGAUCUUAUUGAUCUUCAUCAUAGACCAUUACUUGAAAAACAAACUGAGUGGGAAUUUAUGCCGCAAGUCAAUCCACGUGCAUCUUGUGGAUUAGUUGGGCUUCAGAAUGGUGGUGCAACUUGUUAUAUGAAUUCUAUUCUUCAACAAUUAUAUAUGUUACCACAAAUAUCCGAACAUAUAUUAAGUGUUCAUGAUGAUGGUGAGAAUUCAAAUGGAAAAGUAAAUAAAACUGAUGGCGAACCAAGUUUAUUUUAUCAACUUCAACAAGUUUUUGGUCAUUUAAUGGAGAGUAAAUUGCAAUAUUAUUCACCUGAAUCAUUAUGGAAAGUAUUUCGUUUAUGGGGUCAAGAAAUAAAUGUCCGUGAACAACAAGAUGCCUUCGAUUUUUUUACUGCAAUGACUGAUCAAAUUGAUGAAUAUUUAAAAAGUAUAAAACAAGAAGAAAUUUUUCAUAAACAAUUUGAAGGAAUUUUUUGUAAUCAAAUGAUAUGUACAAAUGGUUGUCGUCAUCGUUAUGAAGGUGAAGAAAAAUUUAUGGCAUUAAAUGUUGCAGUUAAAGUUGAUUCACUUAAUGAAUCAUUAAAUCAAUUUGUUAAAGGUGAAGUUCUUGAUGGUACUAAUGCUUAUUUUUGUGCUAAAUGUCAAGAAAAACGAACAACAAUUAAACGAUUAUGUAUUAAAAAAUUGCCACCAUUAUUAUGUAUACAAAUGAAACGUUUUGGUUUCGAUUGGGAAAAUAAUCGUGCAUUAAAAUUUGAUGAUUAUUUUAAAUUUCCUUUAAUACUUAAUAUGGAACCAUAUACAGUUGAUGGUGUUAAUAAACGUGAAAGUUUUGUUGAACAAGACAGUCCAGUUACAAGUACAGAUACAAAUUUAAAUAAUGAUAUAUUAAUUAAUUCAUCAAAAACAAGUACAACAGAUGAUAAGCCAUCAUUAUCACGUACAUCCUCAUCAUUAAAUAAUCCAUUGAAUACAAUGUCAAGUAUAAAUUAUGAAUUAAUUGGUAUUGUUAUUCAUUCUGGUCAAGCAAAUGCUGGUCAUUAUUAUUCAUUUAUAAAAGAUACACGUUGUCGUUAUUCAAAUAAUACAAAUCAAUGGUAUCGUUUUAAUGAUACAUCUGUUGAAGAAAUUCAAUUAACUGAACAAAUGCUUGAAGAAGAAUGUUUUGGUGGAACAUUUCGUGUUCAAAAAGAUAAUCAUAAUAAUUCAAAUGAAGAACGUACACGUUUUUGGAAUGCAUACAUACUUAUAUAUCAAUGUAUUGAACCAUCAAAAUUACUUCCACCACCAUCAAAUUUUAAUCGUUUAUCAUCACGUAAUCAUCAUAUAUCACGACGAAAUCAACGUGAUUCAUUAUCACAAUUAGCUGAUUUAGUUGUUCAAAGUGAACAUAAUGAUUUAUUUCAAAUAAAAAAAUCUUUAAUACCAUCACGUGUUCUAGCGUGUGUUAAAGAUGAAAAUUUAGAAUUUUUAAAAAAUCGUGACACAUAUUGUGAAGAUUAUUUUCGAUUUAUAUAUAAUUUAUCAAAUAUAUGUUUUGAUGAAAUUAUUUAUGAAACUAAUAAUAUUCAAUCAACUAAUAUGAAUAUUUCAUCGUAUAAAUUAUGUACAAAAUUAGCAUUAAAUUUUCUAUUUAAUACACAUCUUCGUACACAUCGUCGUCUACGUAAAAAUACAUUGGAUGAUUGGGUACAAUUAUUAUCACGUCUUUUUCAAAAAAAUUCAUUAUCAUGUAAAAUUUUUUAUGAUUUAUUAUUUGAAAAUGAAGAAAAUCGUUUAAAAUUAUAUUUACUUGAUUGUCCUAUUUAUGAAAUACGACAAAUAUUUGAACGAAUAUGUGAAAAUAUUUUACAAUCAAGUUAUAUACAUGAUGAUCAAAUGAAAAAUAUUGAAUUAUUUAUUGAACAAUUAAUAAUCUUGUUAGAUAAAUCUGUUGUUGAACAAAUUAAACAUUCACAAGCUUAUUUUGAAUUAAUCUAUAGUUAUGCUAAUAUGAAUCAAAUAUCUAUUGAAUAUCUAAUAAAAUUAAAUACAUUUCCACGUUUAAUGAAAUUUCUAUUAGGUGAUUAUAUUGAUAAUAGACGAUGGAAUUCAGGACAAGCUAAAGAAUUUGGUAUUAUACAUGAAAUUAUUUCUAUAAUAACUUUACAUGUUUAUUCAAUGAAUAAAAAUUCUUCAGCUGAAUAUUUAGAAAUACAAAAUGAAAUUAAUAUUUAUACAUCUGGACAAUGGACAAAUAGAUAUUUAAAAGAAAUAUGUUAUGCAUUUCAAGAAGUAUCUACAACACAAUUAGUACAAACUUUAAAAUUAAUGGAAACAUUAGCGAAAGAUAAUGAACAAUUUUCUGAACAACUUAUUAGAAAUAUUUUAUUAUCAAUUAGUCAAGCUCAUACAAAUGAUUUGAAAUCAUUAUUUAAAUUACUUAAUAAUAUAUUAUUAAUUGAAGAUUCAUUUCAAACAAAACGUCUUCAGUUAGCAUUCGAAGGAAACAGUGAACUUAAUACUAAGGAUAGUUCACAAAAUUUCAAUGGACUUUAUUCACUUAUUCAAACAAGUAUUGAAACAGAACAACGACGUGCUUAUCAAACAGUCAAAUUUCUUAUUACACUAUCUAAUAAGAACAGUGUUUGUAGAGAGUAUUUUUCUUCAACUGCUACUCAAUGGGAAGCUGCUAUUAAUUGGCUAAAACAACAAAUGCAAACAUCAUGGCAAUUGUCACCAUCACAAAAUAUAUCAAAUGAAGAUAAUGAUGCACGUUCAUUUCAACGUACGCGUAGUGCACAAUUUACUUUAGAACAAGCGCAAUCUCUUCUUCAACUAAAAACAGCAAUACCUAGUGGAAAUAUUCAUAAUGAUUCAUUAGCAAAUGAAUCAAUGGAAUCAACUGAUAAUCAUAGUCAAUCAUUAUCCCAAUUGGCAUGUAUCGAAACUGAGUAA